UAUAUAAAGAACCACUCCUCUGGCUGUCACUUCCCACUGACAAAACCAAUUCAAUUUUCCUUUUCACUUGAACACUUGAUAACAAGAAAACGCAAUGGGAGAAGUUGAUCCUGCUUUCAUCCAAGAGCUUGAACACAGGCCUAAACUCUCGAUCAUUGAAGCUGAAGGAAUACCCUUCAUUGAUCUUUCGAUGUUGAAUUCACCUGAUGCAGUAUCAGACCCUAGCACCCUUGACAGCCUUGUUUCUGAGAUAGGUAAUGCAUGCAAGAACUGGGGAUUUUUCCAAGUGAUCAACCAUGGGGUACCGUUGGAGCAACGCCGGAAACUUGAGAAGGCGUCCAGGAAAUUCUUUGCUCAACCAUGGGAAGAGAAGGUGAAGGUGAGGAGAGAUGAAGUGAAGGUUUUAGGUUAUUAUGACACUGAGCAUACCAAGAAUGUUAGAGAUUGGAAAGAGGUGUUUGAUUUUACUGUGCAAAAUCCUACUAUAGUCCCAGCUUCAACACACCCUGAUGACAAGGAAGUAGUUGAGUGGCACAAUCAAUGGCCUGAUUAUCCUCAUGAACUAAGAGAGGCAUUUGAAGAAUAUGCAGAGGAAUUAGAAAAAUUAAGUUACAAGUUGAUGGAACUUAUUGCCUUGAGCUUAGGCUUGCCAGCGGAUAGGUUCCAUGGCUUCUUCAAGGACCAAACCAGCUUCAUCAGGCUUAACCACUAUUCACCUUGCCCUGCUCCUGACCUAGCUCUAGGCGUUGGCCGACACAAGGAUGCUGGUGCCUUGACCAUUCUUGCUCAAGAUGAUGUAGGAGGACUGCAAGUGAAGCGAAAAUCAGACGGAGAGUGGAUCCGCGUCAAGCCUACCCCGGAUGCUUUUAUCAUUAAUGUUGGUGACAUUAUUCAGGUUUGGAGCAAUGAGACUUAUGAGAGUGUAGAGCACAGGGUCAUGGUGAAUUCCGAGAGGGAAAGGUUUUCUAUUCCAUUCUUCUUCAAUCCGGCUCAUUACACCAUAGUGAUGCCCUCAGAGGAGCUGACAAGUGAGAAAAAUCCCCCCAGAUAUAGGCCGUACAAUUGGGGAAAAUUUCUCAUCACUAGAAAGGGAAGUAAUUUCAAGAAGCUUGACGUCAAAAACAUCCAAAUCCAGCACUUCAGGAUAUCAGAGUUAGCAGAUCAUCUAGAUGGAGCACUAUCUGUGAUAUAAUAAAAUGGAGCAUUAGCUAUUGACAGCAUAUGCAAGUUAGCAAUAAUAAUUUCAUCCUGUAAAUUUCAAGCUGUUAUUGCUGAGGAGAAGACUUUGAAUGCAUGGUGUGGUUAAUAUUUCUAUUAUGAACCAUUAUGAUUGACAGCAAUGAAACUUCUUUAUAAACAUAAGUAUUUCC